GGCGGCGUGCAGAGAUGUUAGAGAUUGUGGGGUCCCUGUCUGUCUCCCUGGUUCUAACCUCUUGCCUAUAAAAGCAUGAAAUAUAUGUUUCCACCACUGUUGUAUUUCACACGCAAUUGCAUGCAGCAGGUGUCAAGGACUACAUCGAUCCAUUCAUUGAGGAUAGUGGCAACGUUGAGAUAGAAAUGGCUGAAUCGAUGCUCAUCUUGAGAAUGUGUUCCAUAAUGCUGGUCCUUGGUUUUUCAGAGGCCAAAAUGGAAAUCAUCAACCCCAACAAGAUUUUGCUGGGUGAGGAAUCCAUGCUCCUCUGCAAAGCUGGUGGGGAAGGAGACAUCACCUGGCAGAAAGAUGGAGAGGAUGCUGAAGGUGACCAGGUUGAGAAAGUAGAUGAGACAUCGUCAAAACUGUUCAUCAGGGAUGCCAAGUUGGAGGAUGCAGGACUGUACACAUGCUUAUGUGAAUUUGACACCGGUCACGUAGAUCAUACAAUUCAGACCAUCUUUGUCUACGAGCGGCCAUCCUUUGGGGAAACACUGUCCUACCAUGAGUUCCUGGAGGGUCAAGAUGUGGUCAUCACCUGCAUGGUCACUGGCAAGCCGGAGGUGGAAGUCAACUGGGAGAGGGACCAUGAGAAACUGCAAUCUGAAGCAGGUCGGAUCACAAGACUAAAAGACAACUCUCUACAGAUCAACAACAUCAACAGGAAGGAUCACGGAACAUAUACCUGUGAGGCUAAAAUCAAGGACCGGCCCAUUUUUGAAAAGCUCGACAUCUCCAUCUCCGUCAARGUUCCCCCCACAGCGAAAAUCCAUGAGGAGGUGAAGAAAGUCACGGCUGGACCAGAGACCAAUGUCUCCCUCAGCUGUCUGGUCGAGGGAGUCCCCCAACCGAACAUCAUCUGGACAGUCCCAGAUUCUUCAGAUGAGUCCCGCUACAAGUACAACUCAGACAAGAGCGAGCUGAUUAUCUCGUCCGUUGUCAGGAGCGACUACGGAGAGUACAUCUGCACGGCCAAGAAUAAAAUCUCAGAGAGCAGUGCCAUGAUCAUGCUGGAUGUCUCAGAGCAUCCUGUAGCAGUGCUGAGCCAGAAGAAGAUGGAGCUGGAGCCAGGCCAGACUCUCUCAGUGUCCUGUAACGUCUCAGGACACCCUAUGCCCGCGCUGCAGUGGGUCAGGAAGACCAACAAUGACCACCUGCUAACAGUGGACACUGGUGGAGGUCGAGUGAGAAUGGAGGAUGGCUAUGUCCUGGUAGUUGACAAUGUGACGCCCUCAGAUGGAGGGCUGUACAGCUGCAUGGCUAUCAGUCCUGCUGGCAACGCCUCCACAGACUUCAGCCUGCAGACCUGGCCAGGUAAAGCAUCCCAGGUAAGUGGCACCCCAGGGCCCACAUCGGUCCACUUCACCCUGGGUGCUUCCCUGGUGGACGGGGGCUCUCCCAUCACCCACUUCACCCUCCAGUGGAAGACAGGACGUGAGAACAAUUGGCAGGAGAGAGUCAUCCAGUCCACAGACCCCCUGGUUAUCACAGAUCUGAAUCCUACACCAACCUACUCUGUCCGGUUUGCCCCACAGAACCACCUGGGUCAGGGAGGCUUCUCCAAGAUGCGUCACCGUCCGCACACAGGGCAUACGAGGGGAACCAGACAGCCCAGUCCUGGUGGCCAGCGUGGGGAAGGUUGAGGGCAAUAUGUUCUCAAUCCCUUUAACACAGUUGGACAACGGAGGUGCCCCCAUUAUCCACUACACUGUCCGCUACAGAGUG